AUGGCGCCAGUGGUGGAGGAGGCGGCCCAGCUCGUGGCAGUGCCAGUAGGUGUGGCCAUGGUGAGUGUCUUUGGCCUCGUCUUCACGGUUUCAGCCUUUGCGUGGAUCUGUUGCCAGCGUAAAAACACCAAAUCACAGAAGACUCCUCCUUACAAGUUUGUGCACAUGCUCAAAGGGGUCGACAUCUACCCGGAGAGCCUCAGUGGCAAGAAGAAGUUCGGCACACCUGCCGCCAAUACGACACAUGACACUGGUAAAACCGAUGUCAACGGAAACUGCCCCACCAUGGCGCCAAUUAGUCCGACUGGCACCAGCAAACUGGCGUCAAGUCCAAAUGGCUCCCGACCGGCCAUGCAUCUGGAUCUGGAGAAACGGGAUCUGAACGGCAACUUCACCACCAAACCAUUUCACCACCACCACCAUAAGGUGCGGAGCUCCCCAGACCUGGAGCUGCCAUCUCCCCAUGCAGGGUUUACCCAGCCCGGGUUAAUGGACCGCCGUGACCUCCCUUCACCAUCCAGCACCCUCUCCAGCCAGGCGCCCACCCCAGCUGUGGACAAGCCCCACGCAGAGGAGAGGGAGAGUGGGUUGGGAACACUGCACUUCUCCCUGGAGUACCAGCCAGAGAGGAAGGCAUUCAUCGUCCAUAUCAAGGAAGCCCAUGGCCUGACCCCGACUGAUGAACAGUCAAUGACCUCUGACCCCUACAUCAAGCUGACCCUGCUCCCGGAGAAAAAGCACCGGGUGAAGACCAGAGUCCUGAGGAAGACUCUGGACCCCGCCUUUGACGAGACCUUCAGCUUCUACGGAAUCCCACUGGCACGAGUGUCAGAGCUGGCCCUUCACUUCAUGGUGCUCAGCUUUGACAGGUUCUCCCGCGACGAGGUCAUCGGGGAGACCCUCGUCCCCCUGUCCGGGAUCGACUUGUCCGAGGGGCGUGUUCUGAUGAGCCGAGAGAUCAUCAAGAGGAAUGUGAAGAAGUCCUCGGGCCGAGGUGAGCUACUGCUCUCCCUGUGUUACCAGUCCACCACCAACACUCUGACUGUGGUCGUCCUCAAGGCUCGCCACCUGCCGAAGACUGAAAACAAUGGACCCACAGAUCCGUACGUCAAGGUGAACAUGUACCACGGAAAGAAGCGCGUGUGCAAGAAGAAGACCCACGUGAAGAAGUGCUCCCCCAACCCCGUCUUCAAUGAGCUUUUUGUCUUUGACCUGCCCUCCGACGAGGGCCUCAGGGACACCAGCGUGGAACUGCUGCUGAUGGACUCAGACACAGGCAACUCACGCAGCCCCAACAGCGUCCUCGGGCGCCUGGUGCUGGGCACGUCUGCGGCCAGCACUUCUGGCGAGCACUGGAGGGAGAUCUGUGACCACCCGCGCCGCCAGAUCGCCAAGUGGCACGCCCUGUCGGAGGAUUAG